ACCACCCGACGAGACGAAUCCACCUCCCUAUACAACUCCUCGGCCGCCUCGCCUCCCACCCCUUACGGCUCCGCAUCCCCCCACCACACAGACGCCGCAGGCUGCCGCAACCCCGGCCGCGCCGCGUGCCCGGCCCCAGGCCGCCGCCGCCGUCGCCGUCGCCAUGGGCAACUGCUGUCCAGGCUCUAGGGAUGCGGAGCCCGCCUUUGGCGCCUCCUCGGACCCCUCGACCCUCCGGACGGGCGCGUCCAUGAAGGCCGGCGCGUCGCCGUCCUCGGCGCCGGCGCAGAACAAGCCGCCGGCGCCCAUCGGCCCCGUGCUCGGCCGGCCCAUGGAGGACGUGCGGAGCAUCUACACCGUCGGGAAGGAGCUCGGCCGGGGCCAGUUCGGCGUCACCUCCCUGUGCACGCACAAGGCCACGGGGCAGAAGUUCGCGUGCAAGACCAUCGCCAAGCGGAAGCUGUCCACCAAGGAGGACGUCGAGGACGUGCGCCGCGAGGUGCAGAUCAUGUACCACCUCGCCGGCCAGCCCAACAUCGUCGAGCUCAAAGGCGCCUACGAGGACAAGCAGUCCGUCCACCUCGUCAUGGAGCUCUGCGCCGGCGGCGAGCUCUUCGACAGGAUCAUCGCCAAGGGCCACUACACCGAGCGCGCCGCCGCGUCGCUGCUCCGCACCAUCGUCGAGAUCAUCCACACCUGCCACUCCCUCGGCGUCAUCCACCGCGACCUCAAGCCCGAGAACUUCCUCCUCCUCAGCAAGGACGAGGACGCCCCGCUCAAGGCCACCGACUUCGGCCUCUCCGUCUUCUUCAAGCAAGGAGAGGUUUUCAAGGACAUCGUCGGCAGCGCCUACUACAUCGCGCCGGAGGUCCUGAAGCGGAGCUAUGGCCCCGAGGCGGACAUCUGGAGCAUCGGCGUCAUCCUCUACAUCCUCCUCUGCGGAGUUCCUCCCUUCUGGGCUGAAUCGGAGCAUGGCAUCUUCAAUUCCAUCCUGAGGGGGCAGGUUGACUUCACCAGUGACCCAUGGCCACGCAUUUCAGCUAGUGCCAAGGACCUUGUCAGGAAGAUGCUCAUCUCCGACCCCAAGAAGAGAAUUUCUGCCUACGAAGUCCUCAAUCACCCGUGGAUCAAGGAAGAUGGAGAAGCACCUGACACGCCGCUUGAUAACGCUGUCAUGAGCAGGCUCAAGCAGUUCAGGGCAAUGAACCAAUUCAAGAAAGCAGCGCUCAGGGUCAUUGCUGGAUGCCUAUCGGAGGAAGAGAUCAGAGGGCUCAAGGAGAUGUUCAAGAGCAUGGACUCUGACAACAGCGGCACCAUUACCGUGGAUGAGCUGCGCCGAGGGCUGUCUAAGCAAGGGACCAAGCUCACGGAGGCUGAAGUGCAGCAGCUAAUGGAGGCUGUAAGUGUGCACUUGGGGUUUGGCCUCUUGUAUGGAAUUUGUGGCGUAAUGCUUACUGCAUAUUUGCUGCAAAUUCAGGCCGAUGCAGAUGGGAAUGGAAUAAUCGAUUACGACGAGUUCAUCACCGCGACGAUGCACAUGAACAGAAUGGACAGAGAAGAGCAUCUCUACACUGCGUUUCAGUACUUUGACAAGGACAAUAGCGGCUGCAUUUCAAAGGAAGAGCUCGAGCAAGCGCUGAGGGAGAAAGGCCUUCUCGAUGGCAGAGACAUAAAAGACAUCAUAUCAGAAGUCGAUGCCGAUAACGAUGGAAAGAUAGACUACAACGAGUUCGUGGCUAUGAUGCGGAAGGGAAACCCGGAGCCCAACCCCAAGAAGCGACGCGACGUUGUGCUAUAGGAGAGAGAGGGGAGGAUCAGCUUGACGACAUGCUCAGCGAGUAGCUCGAUCCGAUCAGUUUUGGCAUCGAAAAUUAAACCAUCUGUCACAGCAGGUUGCAACACUCGAUCCAGAGAAAUGCACUUCCAUGGCAUGUAUUUACAUGCACCUCAAAUGGUGAAUUAAUCGGAUGGGGGAACACAAUGGGUGUGAUGCUUUUUUUUUUGUGUUGACCCAGACUCGUGUCAGAAGUGUUGGUAUACACACUUCUUACUCGAUUUGUCAGCGGCCUCUUGGUGUACGACGGCGACAAAUGAUUAUCUGCGAAUGCUUAGAUGUAAGAUGAGAGAUUAGCAUAUGUGAUAUUGCAAAAUCUAAAUGUUCGGAAAAAGGAUCACGCACGCUAGUUGGGCACUACUUUUUUUCGUCUCGUUUAUUUCUAAAACUAGUAUGGUGGCCCACGCAUGCUGUACGGUUAACAUCGUAUCAAUAUAGGUCUCCUAUCUAGAUAAUAAUU